UUCUCUCCCUACCUGUGUUUACGGUAUCUCUCCUUCGUCUUCAUUGCUUAUUUUGCAUUCCUCUGUUUAUUCUAAAAAAAAAGAAAAAUCCGAAAAGUGAUUUAUAUUUUUAAUUUUCAGUUGGAAUUUUGUGUGAUGUUUCAUUUGUUCUUGUUUUAGUGGGUUUUUUUUUUGUAUUUUUUUUUUUGGGGGAGUUGACGAUGUGUGGAGUAAUUGCAGCACGUGUUUACGAAUCGGGAUUUGGAACUGGAUUUGUGAUUAGCUGUGGUUUCUUUAGAAAUGUUUGAUUGGAACGACGAAGAGCUAACAAAUAUAAUAUGGGGUGAGGAUGGCGAGAGUGAUGAUCAUAUAGUACCUUAUCAAGAGGGAAGUGAAAACUGUCGUAGUAAGAAGGAAUGGAGUCAAGAAACUGCGACCAUAAAGUCUACUGAACAAAAGACACCUGGGCAUAAAGUUGAUCUUCAUGGAAGAAAGGUGGAGGGCAGUUCCAAUUUCAAUGCAAAUGGAGGGAUUGCCACCUCAGGAUUUGGCAUGGGCUCGUGGCCAGAGUUAUCUUUAUCUAAUGCAGCCAAAACUGAUCAGGAUUCCAUGGGAAGUGAAGUCUCUAACAAUUUGGCUGAAGUAAAUAAAUAUAGUUCAACAAAUGCAGGGACGACUGAACUUACUAAAGAUUCUCAAAUAUUUCAAAAUCCCAAUGAAGGCAAAGAACAAGGUGAUUUUGUGGACUACAGCUGGGCUAACAUUGGAAGCUUUGAUGAUCUUGAUCGAAUUUUUAGCAAUGAUGACCCAAUAUUUGGCAAUGUAAGUCUUGGUAGUGCUGAUGAGUUGUGGUCUUCAUCUAAAGAGGUAACAAACAGAGCAGCAAAAUCCUUUCCUACUGCUGUGGAUUCUCCUAGUUUAGGUUUAGGAGCAUUAAGGAGCACAUCUGAGAAUUUGGAGGUCAAAAGAGAAUAUGAGCAACAAGAUAACCAGCCAUUUACCCUUAGUAAUGAGAAAUUGGAUGGUUCCACAUCUCAUGGUCUGCAUCAUGUAGAAUUUGCUGGAGAUGAAAGUAAAUCCAUAAUUGAGGAGCAGAUGAAUGUGGAAACCGGGGGAAGAACCAGUGCAUCAAAGUCUCACCUGGUUGCUGAAAAAGUUAUGGCCCCUAAUGAAUUGGGUGAUAAGGCAUAUAGGCAGAAAAAGGUGUUGAAAUUUCGGAAAAAACCUGGAGACAUAGGUGAGGCAAAACUAUUACAGGAGUUAUAUGGUACAUGGACUCCAUCUGGAAACCCAUUGGCUCCAUAUGAGAAUAAUGUGGCAACCUCCAUAGUAAAAUCUUCUCCAUCUUCAGUUGUUGAUCAGCAGAGGCAGCUUCGAGGAUCUGACUCACUGCAAUACCAGCACAUCUCCAAUACAUUUGUGGCCCCUUCCACAUACGGGAAUCUUACAAACCAAUAUCCUGCAAUACCUGUUUUGUCCAACAUUCAGUCUGGGGAAUUUAAAAAGCAACCCUUGCUUUCUUGUUAUGAUGUUUCCCCUAGCAAGGCAAAUCCUGUGAACAGGUCAGUUGAGGCUUCUACAAAACCCUUGAGCAUGACACCUCAGGAAAAAAUUGAAAAAUUGAGGCGGCGCCAGCAAAUGCAAGCACUACUUGCCAUUCAGAAACAACAACAGCAGUUUCAUCAUCAAGUUCCUUGUACCGAUCACUCUGUCAUUCGAAAAUGUAAUCAAGAAAAUCAAUUUCAGCAUGUUGAGAGAGCUGAUGUUGAAGACCUUACCACUCUUGCCUCAUUUGAUCCAAACUCCCCUCUAGAGCAAGAUGAUUCUAAUACAGUCUCUGUCGCAGUUGAUGACUACUCAGUGGAGGAAACAGUACUUUACCGGCUACAAGAUGUAAUUGGAAAGUUGGACAUCAAAAUUAGACUUUGCGUAAGCGAUAGCUUGUUCCGGUUGGCUCAAAGUGCGAUGCAGAGGCAUUAUGCCAGUGACAGAAGCAGCACUAACAAAAGUAGCAGGGAUGAAAAUGAGGUUGCAAAAGAAGAAAAUAAGAAACAUAAGAGGAUGUCUGACUCAGAAACAGAGACCAAUCCCAUAGACCGAACAGUUGCUCAUUUACUCUUCCAUCGGCCUUUGGAGUUGCCAGGAAAGCAUCCUGAGACACCUGAAUCACCUGCUUCCACAAAGUUCCCUUGUGAGCGCAAAUCAGCAAGUUUAUUGGGGUUGCCUAUGGGUUGCAUAUCAGACAAUUCACAUGUUCAACAAAACCUUACCCACCAGGUCUUGAAAGGUCCUUCCCCAUUGGUGGACUCCCAACAUGUGGAACAAUUUAAGAACAGCACUUGAAUAGAUAGUUCUGAGAAUGCAUCAAACUAUGGACCUGCAGAUGUUGGAGCCACUGAUGUUGAAGCCUUGCAGUGAAACUUCUGAAAUUAUUUUAAGGCUGAUUUGACCCUUUCAAGCUUAUCGUGGAGCCAUGAAAAUCUUCUUCGCUUGGCUGGAUCUUUAUCAACUGGCGGGAUCUGAAGCCUUAAAACAUUGUCAUUUCAAGAAUCUGUGGACAUCAUUUGCUAUACUCCAAAACAGUAUAGGUACUUGUAUUUGAAGUCAAUCUUAGCGUCGUAUCUUCGGUCUGUCUAUCCUCUGACGUACUCCCUGGAGACAACUUUGUUUUUGUGUGUCUUCUAAACUAGACCUCGCUUGAUAUGUCAAACCUAAUAAGUCUUGGCGAACCCAAAUUGCCUCUUCUAUUCUUCUUUUACCCCAAUUUGAAGUUCUAAAAGCUGAGACUCAUUAUUGAAUCAAUGCAUCACCUGUCGUUUAUAACUUUAAA